AUCUGGCAACACCGCUUAAUGGGUUGAUUGGGGGUGCAAGAAAAAAAAAACAAGAAGAAAAACAUUCGAUUUUUGGUAUUAUUUUGUUUUUUUGUUAUUUUGGUCCUGACCAAAAUUCAAUGAGCAGUUAACCGAUAUGGUGGAACUUCAGUUAAAAAAACGUCGGGCCUGUGUCAUAGUAUUGGGCGACAUUGGCCGCAGUCCACGUAUGCAAUAUCAUGCCCAGAGUCUGCUGGAGGACAACUACAAUGUGGAUAUCAUAAGCUACUUGGAGACGAGACCCCUGGACUCGCUAACACAGGCACAGUCACAGUGUCAAAUCCAUGAGCUUUCAUCGGUGCCGGUGACCAACCUGACUCCAAAAUUAAAAUUGCUCUUCAAAGCAUUUUGGCAAACUUUAAGUCUUCUAAUGGCUCUCAUUUCAAUAAGACGACCCCAAUUUCUGCUGGUUCAGAAUCCUCCGGGCAUACCCACUUUGAUUGUUUGCUAUUUAUAUUGUGCCGUGACCAGAUGCAAAUUGGUCAUUGAUUGGCACAAUUAUACGUUUACAGUGCUGGCCCUCGGCAUGGCGGGGGGUGAGAAGAGUAGUCUUAUACGUUUGGUCAAAUGGCUGGAACGUUAUUUUGGUUCCAAGGCCCAUUCUCAUUUUUGUGUGACGCAGGCCAUGAAAGAUGAUCUGCAACAUAACUGGAACAUUGGACCUGUAACCGUGCUGUAUGAUCGAGCUCCUUCGCAGUUCCAUCCCAUUGAUUUGUCUCAAAAGCAUGACUUGUUUAUGAAAUUGUCUAAAGAUUACCCUCAAUUCAUGCCGGAAUGCUACGCUGACCUGAAACAGUCCGGCGUUCAGGAAUCCACAGCUCUAACCCAGAAACUAUCAAAUGGAUCUGUUCUUUACAAGCCUCAACGACAGGCCAUACUUGUCUCAAGUACCAGUUGGACACCGGAUGAGGAUUUUAGCAUCCUAUUUAAAGCUCUGAAAGCCUAUGAGGAAUCUGCUGUGGCUGAGCCACUUAAAUAUACAUCUUUGCUGGUGGUUAUAACCGGAAAAGGACCUCAGAAAUCACACUAUGAAGAAAAGAUAGCUGAACUCCAAUGGAAAAAAGUAACAAUAGUUACUCCCUGGCUGGAAAUUGAAGAUUAUCCAAAGGUUUUGGCCAGCGCUGAUUUGGGUGUGUGCUUACAUUGGAGCACAAGUGGCCUAGAUUUGCCCAUGAAGGUGGUUGACAUGUUCGGAAGCGGUCUCCCUGUGUGUGCAUAUAAUUUCAAAUGUUUGCCAGAGCUAGUUAAACACGGCGAAAAUGGAUUUGUGUUUAACAAUCAUCAGGAAUUGAGCGAACAGCUUAGAAUUUGGUUUGAGGACUUUCCCCACAACCCUAGCAUUUUGGAGACCCGUUCCCACUUUUCUCGCAACCUUCAGGAGUUCCAAGAAUUGCGCUGGCGCGAAAACUGGCAACAAAGAGCAGCUCCCGUUUUUGACGCAUUUUAUUAGGCAUUUCCAUUUUGUAAAACGAAAAAUAAAAAAGGGCAACUAUAAAUAAA